GACCAAACAUUUGGUGAUUGGACAGGAUUAGAGGAUUACUGACACAGCUGAAAGCACCGAGCGCCUCCAUCAGCAUCCUCUCUCUCUCUCUCUCUCUCUCUCUCUCUGUCUCUCUCUGUCCAUCAUGUCUCCAGCUGUCCCUGCCUAUAGCUGUCAUCCAGGGACGUAAGCAGACAAACCGAAGUUGAUGAUCCAGGAUGGAGAUGUCCGGCCUCUCCAUCAGCAGAAGAGCCUGACAAAGACGACAGCAGUCUCAAACCACCAAGCUUCAUUCAACUUUUCCAGCCUUCACUCCUCGGAAGAAGCUGCCCUCCAUCCUCUCGCUGUCCGGGGGGAAAUAUGCGUCUUCUUUCCCUGGCCCUUCUCUUCUUCCUUCUUGCUUUCUAUACCCCCCUAUGCCUCUUUCCAUCCGUGGAUUGCUCACGCUUGUGUCCACCCCAGUGCAUUUGUUAUGAGCACGCUGACCUGGUGGACUGCCGCGAGCGAGGGUUCCAGCAUGUUCCCAGGGGCCUCCCCCACGCCACCUGGCUGCUGGAGCUGGGAGGGAAUAAUCUGAGCCAGAUCGGCACCGGAGCCUUCGCUGGACUCUGGUCCCUGCGGGUGCUGGGGCUAGCCAACAACCAGAUACAAGAACUGCAACCCCAGGCAUUCUUUCCGCUGUCCUUCCUGGAGAAGCUGGAUCUCAGCUGGAACCAGUUAACAUCUCUGCCGGUGGACUUCUCAGCCAGUCUGUCUGCUCUCAGAGAGCUGCGCCUGGAGCACAACAAGCUGCUCCACAUCUCUGGAUACAGGUGCUCCAGCUGAGUAACAACAACAUCUCCUACAUAGAGAACGACGCCCUGGCCCCUCUCUACAGCCUGGCGGUCCUAGCUCUGGAGGGAAACAACCUGCAUCACCUCAAGUUUAAGACCUUGAUCAGCCUUCACACAUCAGCUACACACAUCCAGCUGUCAGGCAACCCGUGGAGCUGCGACUGCGACCUGCACCGCGUCUUCAGUAAAAUCCUGCACGUUCGCCACCUCCACAUCGACGACUACAGCAACGUGACGUGCCAGGAUCCACCGCAGCUGGCCGGGGCUUCGCUGGCCUGGGUGGACAGCCAGCUCUGCAUUGCGGAGACCGCCACCGUGCUCGUCAUCACUUUCACCGUGCUGGUCACCGUGGUGGCGGCUAUGGUGAUGGCGGAGAGGAACAGGAAGAGGAACGGUGGGAAGGACUGGGACACUGAGUCACAGAACCAAACUUAGAGCCCCCAGUCCUGAGAGGAGGGGGAGACCCUGUGAGACUGAAAGGGACCACUAAUGUGAAAAGCCACUCAACACACUCCUUAAAAACCCAGGUUUGGUUAUCUUAAAAGCAGUGGUCUUUCAAAGACGAGAAGCUCAUUUUCGGCCUACAUCACAAAAAUUGUCCAUUUAUUUAUAAUAUUAUAAUUAUAUAUCUAUAUAUAUAAUAACAUAUAUUCUAUAAUACUAGUAUAAUAAUUGAUGAGAUGGCCAGCGGUACAUUUUCUUUGUCACAGCACUUCCAGUCAGCUUACGUUGUCAUACAGGACAGCUGAAAAGACCGGUUACUAAAAAUUCAGUACUAAAUGUUUUAGAAGGUCUGAAGGACACUGCGAGUGGGGUUUUCGGCUCAUGUUUUUACUUAAGUAUAAUUAACGUACCUUUAAAGCCCCUAUGUGUAGAUUUUUUUUAGACGUUAUUUUGUUUCUGAAGAAAAAACUAUAAAUUCAGGAGAAAAUGAGCGCA